AUGAAGGCAGAGGUCCUUCAAAUCACCGCCCCCCUCGUCACCAAAAUCCUCAUCACUCAACUCACCGCUGCUUACAAUUACCACCACGAUACAACGUCCGGGCGGUCUCCGGAUGACUCACAGCGCCCAAAGUCGGUUGGAUACAUGGUCGGAGUCGCCUUCGGCCUGUGGUUGAUGCUCCUCGCGUCAUCGUUCAUGAGCCAUUAUACAAACUUUGAGACAUCCGUCAUGGGAAGAGAGCUGAGGUCCGCUCUCAUUACCAUGAUUGCUCGCAAGUCCAUGAGGCUCUCCAGUGGAUCAAGGUUAGAGAUGACCAAUGGUCGCUUAACAACUAUGGUAUCGGUAGAUUGCGCAUCUAUCGAAUCGCUCUGUCCGAUAAGUCUUGACAUGACAUCUGCUCCGAUUUCCAUCGUUCUCGGUACAGCGCUCUUGAUCAACAACAUGGGAUACUCCGCAUUGGUCGGUCUCGGCGUUCUUGCACUAAUCGGUCCAUACCAGACCUUUAUGUUCAAGCGAAUCUCCCGACUCCGUAAAGCUCAAACAAAAGUCAUGGAUAGUCGCGUCCGCCUGCUGUCCGAAGUCCUUAACAACAUCGGGUCUGUUAAAUUGUAUGCUUACGAAAAGCUUUGGGCGGACAAGAUUGAAGAUAUGCGAAAGGAGGAGCUGCAGAAACGUAGAUCGAACAGUGUGGGAAAGUCGAGCUUGAACAUGAUUGUCACAUUCAUACCUACGCUCGCGGCUAUCAUGACCUACAUCACCUACUCUCUCAGCGGACACACGCUGAACGCGGCGGUCAUCUUCUCGUCUCUGCAGUAUUUCAACAUUAUGAGAGUACCGUUGACAAUGCUUCCACAACUACUUUCUGGCUUCAGUGAGGGCACAGUCGCCGUCGAUCGUCUAUCUACGCUUUUUGAGGCCGAGGAGCUCGAUCACGUCAUACGAAUCGACACUUCUUCGAGGUAUGGAAUCGAAGCGAGGGCCAGCUUCCAGCAUGAAGAAGCGAGCCCCGACAAAGCUGGCGCAAAAGCCGGCCCCGAUGCCGCGAGUAAUACACCAUUUUCGCUCAAGAAUAUCGAUCUACAGAUACCCCGAGGUUCACUGGUAUGCGUGGUAGGUAGCGUAGGUACCGGAAAAACGGCUCUUCUCUCCGGUCUUCUCAACGAGAUGAAACGUACCGAAGGCGAAGUGGUUUUCGGUGGGAGUGUCAGCUACGUCCCCCAACACGCCUGGGUACAGUCGGGGUCUGUCAGGGACAAUGUUACCUUUUCUAGUGCAUCUGGAGACGUUGAUCUGAAACGUGUAGAAGAAGUCAUUGGCGCGUGUGCUUUGAGGCGUGAUGUCAAUAUGUGGCCUCAAGGCGUUCUGACUGAAAUAGGUGAACGAGGAAUUACACUUUCUGGUGGACAACGACAGCGCAUCUGUAUUGCCCGAGCAGCUUACUCUCAGGCGCCUGUCGUUCUUCUGGACGAUCCGCUGUCAGCAGUGGAUGCUCACGUCGGAAAUCAUCUCCUUCACAAUUGCAUUCUCAACGGGCCUUUGAGCCAUCGCACUCGUGUUCUUGUAACGCAUCAUUUGGACAUGUUGCAUCAUGCUGAUGUCAUCCUCGUCAUGGGAAAAGAUGAGAAGGGCGAUGGACAUAUAAUUCAACAAGGGACUUAUGAGCAACUGAUGUCGGCAACCGGAACUUUCCAGACCCUGAUCAGCCAAUUUGGAUCUACUCAAGACUCUUCUUCCAGCGGCGAAUCUGAAGGGAAAGACGCUGAUGAAGAAGCAGAACUAAUACCCAAAGAUGACACAGAAGGAGAAGAGACCGAUCCCUCUAAUAAGGGUGAGGUGAAGAAGCUAGUAAUAGAUGAGGAUAUGGCACAAGGAACAAUCUCUUGGACAUCAUAUCGCCAGUACGCUCAAGCAAUCAAGUCCUGGGCUCUGCCUCCCAUGGUGAUGUCAUUUUUGCUUCUCGCCCAGGCGGCUACCGUCUUCAACUCUCUUUUCCUAGGUUUCUGGUCAGAAAACAAGUAUCCUAAUCUUCGACAGGGCGAGUACAUGGCUAUCUAUGGAGUUCUCGGUGGUUUGAUGGCCGCAUUUUCGUUUGGCGCUGUAUUUUCCACAUUUUUGGCUGCGAUUUCGGCAUCAUACACAAUUUUCAAUCGAGCAUGGAAUGGUGUCAUCAGAAGUCCAACUGCUUGGCAUGAUCGUAACCCGACGGGGCGCAUCAUCAAUCGCCUAAGCAACGAUGUCGAGAAUCUCGAUGAUCGGGUGCCGGAUCUGUGGUAUUUACUUGCAAACGCCGUCAUGAGCAUCUUUGGAGCUCUCGCCCUCAUCCUUUACGUCUAUCCGUGGAUCGCUCUUCUGUUUAUCCCGGUUUACUUCUUUUAUGUUUUGGCUUUCAUCUACUACAGGAUUACCGCUCGCGAUCUUCAGAGACUGGCAUCUUUGACGAGAAGUCACAUUUACUCCAACUUCGGAGAACAACUGACUGGCCUUCCUGUCAUCCGCGCCUUCCAUCAGCAGUCGAGAUAUAACCGUAAACUUGAGAAAUCAGUGGACGUGGAGAUGUCGACCGUGCUAUGCGGGAAAAUGACACAAAGCUACUGGAUGGGGAUCAGAAUCAAUUUUAUGAGCUACCUUCUUAUUUUGUUUGUGGCAAUCUUUGGUGUUGUCUUCCGGAACUCGGUCUCGCCAUCUCACUUUGGUGUCGUGCUGACUUAUGUAAUCGCUACAUCUGCCACAUUGACGGGCAUGAUCGGUUGGGCGGGGAACUUCGAAGCGAAAAUGAAUAGCACAGAUAGAGUCCAAGCCUACGGAGAGCUCACUCCCGAAGCCCCUCCCCACCUCCCCUCAGAUCCCGACAACUCCUCCGGCCCUUGGCCUUCUGAAGGCGCCAUCUCUUUCCAAAACGUUGAGCUCAAAUACCGAUCAGAUCUACCUCUAGUUCUCAAGGGGUUGACGUUCGAUGUCCCUCCCGGAGAGAAGAUCGGUAUCAUAGGAAGGACAGGCGCGGGGAAGAGCAGUAUCGCUCAAGCGCUUUUCAGGACUGUCGAGAUCGCGAGUGGGAAAAUCGUCAUCGACGGCAGAGAUUUACGAGGUCUCGGUCUCGAUACUUUGAGACAGAGGCUCUCUAUCAUCCCCCAAGAUACAUUCUUGUUCAGUGGUACAAUCCGCGAGAACAUCGAUCCCACAAACACCCACUCCGACGCUGCAUUGAACGAUUCUCUCAAUCUCAUCCAUAACGUCGACUCUUCCUCCCAUCUUAUCCGCGCCAAGUUCGGCCUAGACGCGACGGUCGCGAGUGAAGGCUCCAACUUUAGCGCUGGUGAACGACAGCUUUUGGCGCUGGUGAGAGCUCUCGUAAGAGGGAGCAAGGUGCUCAUGCUCGACGAAGCCACUUCCUCUGUCGACCCCGAGACGGACGCUCUCAUUCAACGAAUCAUUCAAUCGCAAUUCUCAAACACCACCGCAAGUACUUUCACCCACAGACUCCAGACUGUAGCAUACUACGACCGGAUCCUUGCCAUGGACGAUGGUAAAGUCGCCGAGCUGGAUACCCCCCUCAAUCUUUUCGAUCAACCUGGAUCCAUUUUCAGAUCUCUAUGCGAUAAGAGCAAAAUCACGCGUACGGAGCUGCUCAGAAUUCGACGAGAUGCAGGGUUGGGCGACCAUUGA